CCGCUAUCAUCGCCCAUCCCGAUCCUACCCCACUGAACGAUGGCUUGAACGCACAACAGACAGGACGUACAUCUGGCUCAAACAAGGAGCCAUGGUGAACACAAAGCAACCGCCUUGGGAAGGCGUGAUGGAUGCGUUGGGUGGAAACACGCUGCAGCGUCCGGUCCUGUCGCCGGACGGCAAAUCGUUGGCAGUUAUAGCCCCGGAUGAACGAAUACACCUCAUCGACCUUUGCGAAGCCGCCAAAGGACGGAGGUUCAUCAACGGGCUUAAGAUUCCGAAAUCGGCACGUGCUUUCCUUCGAACCUGCACCAUCCUCCGCUGGUCCCCAGAGACCAUGAUAAGCCCUGAACGGGAGGCUGCCGAAGAAGUCUUGUCCGCCACAUCGUCUGAGUGCGACUUUGGACAAUCCUGGCUACUUCUAUCAGACAGCAAACGUCUGAUUGCACUAAGCACAGAUAUCAGAACGCCCAAGAUGAUGUCGCAGGUGGAUGACGAGACAGGCGUGAAGUCCAACAUCCUUGCUGAUUACGACGUCGGGGGCCAGCUGGGGAAACUCAGCCUUGUCGAGUUUGUCUUCAACCAUAGACACGCGCUGGUCAUGUUUGAGUUUGGCUCAGUCGCAGCUAUACUCUCUUUGACCAGGCCUCAGCGAAACGAUAUCGCCCACAUCAAGUUUUCAGACGCUAGAAGUCUUGCGAAAUCUCCAGAUUCCAAAUAUUUUGCCUUGCUCCGCCGCGACAAAGCCCAAGACCGAGUGACGGUAUUUGAACUGGGGGACAACAAUCAGGUGACAUACAAGUCCUUUGAUUGCAAUACCUCAGAUGCCCAGGAUGUGACGUGGUGCCCGACCGGCCAGCCACUGCUGGCCGUAUGGGACUCGCCCGCGCAUGGCGUCAAAGUCUCAUUUAUGACGGCACAAGGCCAUACACUCAGACAAUUGGAAAUCAAAUCUUCGGCAUUUCAAUGGGAUCUCAACCUUGCAAUCGCCGACGAAGCAGAGGGCGUGGGUCUUACCUUCUGGAGUUGGACCAGGGCAAAUCGAUACAACAACGCUCUGACACUCCAAGCACUGGCCAAUGGACAGAAGCAGGUGCUUGUGAGGUACCAGUCCACCAACAGCACGGGUGCUCGCGCCCGGACGAGACUCAUCCAUCCAGAUCUGGUUGAUGGUGCCACGACAUUUGUGUGGCUGGAGUCUAGCAAGUCGACGAUCGAAAAGGCACCGACGUUCGCACGACAAUCCGGUUCUUUCGAGGUGACGAGCACAUCCUCUACCGUCGACUCAACCUCACAACCCCGUUCUGCACCUCAUUCUCAACCCUCCUCACAAGAACUCGACCAAGUUGACCUGAUUGAAUUGAACUCAACCCACACACUGCUUGCCACGCGCCUGCGGUGCGCCCCUCGAACGUUGUUUCUCUGGAAUGCGCACAGGACAUCGAAUCCAGUUAGCGUCCUGAUUUUUGCGCAUGCUAUCCGCCAGGUUCACUUCCAUCCUUACCUUCCGCAUGUCCUUGUCAUCGUGACAGCCUCCAAACUCCCGAGAUUAUAUGCUUGGUACCACCAUACACUUCCUCCCUCGGCCGGCCUGUUGCCGAUUGACACAAGCAGAGCGACAGACUUUUCGGGGACCUGGUUGCCCGAGUGUAUUGCCCACAAUGGCGGUAAUGACCGGUGUCCUUUUCUCCUGACCUCGAGUACUGCGUUCGAAGCUGGAUAUUUGUCCAGUCACGAAGGAGCAGUAGUUUUCGAAAGCAUUUUGCAUCAACCACCACAAUUCUCCGGGGAUGUGACAUUUGACCUAGAUGGUGACGAGUCGACGACGGGGAUGAUUGAGACGCCUAGUCGCCCGAGCAGGCCGAAGCCCGACGAGGGCGGAAACGGCACCGCGAAGAAAAAGAGGGCCCGGUUUGAUGUGCCGCCAAAUCCAAAGACAGACUGGGCGGAUGAUCCGAUCCAUGCACAGGCUGGGUAUGCGUAUGCUUGGUGAAGCUACGAGACAGCGUUCGACCUCCUUGCCUGCACAGAACAGGGACAUUUACCUUCGCAAUCACAAGCAAACCUCAAAUGCAAAAUGACGACGGCCAUGUGCGAUAAUGACCAAAGUGAGCUGGGACUUUCGUGUUAGGAGCAGGUACACGGGCGCAAUGGCGAAUAGAGAUGGAUUAUGGAACAAAUGUGACUCGAGCAGUCAGCGGAUACGUUGUGUGAAAUGUACGAAGAGAUGGGACGAGGUUCGAGUAUCUCUAUCAUCAUGGCGAAUGAGCGGGCGUUUGACAGCACAGGCACAUGGAGAACAAUAGAUGGUCUUGAAACAGUAAACCAACAUCGAGCUGGCAAGGGAGGAUGCAUGGAUGGAUGGAUGCGAGGUACAGUAGCUUAGCUUAACUUUGUAUUCUCAAUGCAUUUACAUUGUA